ACCCAAAUAAUUAUUACCACAGAAGAAAUGAAAUGACGACCACAGAUAACCUUGACUUUAAGCAUCACAACUACAAGGAAAUGAGGCAGUUGAUGAAAACUGUGAAUAAAAUGUGCCCGAACAUCACAAGAAUUUACAAUAUUGGAAAAAGCAACCAAGGACUAAAGCUGUAUGCUGUUGAGAUUUCUGACAACCCAGGAGAACACGAAGUUGGUGAACCAGAAUUUCGGUACAUUGCAGGAGCUCAUGGGAACGAAGUACUUGGACGUGAGCUAAUCCUUUUGUUAAUGCAGUUCAUGUGUCAGGAAUACCUGGCUGGGAACCCGCGCAUCGUACAUCUCAUCGAGGAUACCAGAAUCCACCUCCUGCCCUCGGUCAACCCAGAUGGAUAUGACAAAGCAUAUAAAGCGGGUUCAGAAUUAGGGGGCUGGUCUUUAGGACGAUGGACUCAGGACGGCAUUGACAUCAACAACAAUUUCCCUGAUUUAAACUCUUUGCUCUGGGAGUCUGAAGAUCAGAAAAAGAGUAAAAGAAAAGUUCCAAACCAUCACAUCCCGAUCCCCGACUGGUACCUGUCCGAAAAUGCCACCGUGGCAGUGGAGACACGGGCAAUAAUAGCAUGGAUGGAAAAAAUCCCUUUUGUGCUGGGUGGCAACUUGCAAGGAGGAGAGCUGGUGGUGGCGUACCCCUACGACAUGGUGCGAUCGUUGUGGAAAACCCAGGAUUACACACCCACCCCAGACGACCACGUCUUUCGCUGGCUCGCAUAUUCCUAUGCCUCCACUCACCGCCUGAUGACAGAUGCAAGAAGGAGAGCAUGUCACACGGAGGAUUUCCAAAAGGAGGAUGGCACUGUUAACGGAGCCUCCUGGCAUACCGUGGCUGGAAGUAUAAAUGACUUCAGUUACCUGCACACAAACUGCUUUGAGCUAUCCAUCUACGUCGGCUGCGACAAGUAUCCCCACGAGAGCGAGCUGCCCGAAGAGUGGGAAAACAACCGCGAGUCCCUCAUUGUUUUUAUGGAACAGGUCCAUCGAGGCAUCAAAGGCAUAGUGAAAGAUGUGCAUGGAAAGGGAAUCCCAAAUGCUGUUAUUUCAGUAGAAGGUGUUAACCAUGAUAUUCGCACAGGAGCUGAUGGGGAUUACUGGCGUCUUCUCAACCCAGGGGAAUACGUGGUGGGCGUGAAGGCGGAGGGCUACACCACCGCCACCAAGACCUGUGAAGUCGGUUACGACAUGGGAGCGACCCAAUGCGACUUCACCAUCUCCAAAACCAACCUGGCGAGAAUCAAGGAGAUCAUGAAGAAAUUUGGGAAGCAGCCCAUCAGCUUGUCCAUGCGGCGGCUCCGGCAAAGGGCUCGACAGUGGCGGCAGCAGAGAUAG